GGCAUGAGUCCUUUUUGUUUUGACAUUUUUCUGACGAGUAACGAGACGAGCUAGAAACCUAUUUGCUUGCGCCGAGCUUAUAAUUAAAACGAGAACGGCAUGUGUCGUUCCCAUCCCAACCAUCUUCCUCCUCUUGACCUCAUCGUUCCCGUGUCAUUUUCUUCAUCGCCGAAGAGCCCCUUCACCCUUGCACCCACUGGCCACCACCCUCCCUGCACGUACACAUCCACUGCCACCUGUGAGUCUGUGACCCGAGUCGCUACCUCCAAUGGCUGUGGCUGCGGUGCACGUGCUUGUGUUCCCGUGGCCUCUGCAGGGGCACAUCAACACGUUCGUGCCGUUCAGCAACGCCCUCGUCGACUCCGGCGUGCACGUCACCUUCCUGCACACCGAGCACAACCUCCGCCGGGUCCGAUGCACGGCGGCGGCGCCACGCCUCCGCUACAUGUCGAUCCCGGACGGCCUCCCCGCCGACCACCCCCGCUCGGUGGGCGACAUCUCCACGCUCAUGGAGUCCAUGUGGACGACGGGCGCCGCCGCAUACCACGCGCUGCUCCUCUCGCUGCUAUCCUCCCCCACCACCGACGAAGGCGGCGAGUUCUUCCCGCCGGUGACGUGCGUGGUGGCCGACGGCAUCAUGAUGUUCGCCGUCGACAUCGCCGAGGAGCUCGGCGUCCCGGCCCUCGCGUUCCGCACGGCAAGCGCCAACAGCUUCUCGGCGUACCUCGCCGUGCCCAGGCUGCUGGAGCGCGGCGAGACGCCGCUCCCCGUGGACGACCCCGUGCGCGGCGUGCCCGGCAUGGAGAGCUUCCUGCGGCGGCGGGAUCUCCCGCGCCUCGCCCCUGCCGCCGCCGACGGCCACCCCACCACUGAGAGCUAUACGACGCCGGCGGCCGGCGGCGUGCACCCCUUCCUGCUGACGGUGGCCAAGGGCAUCGCCGACUGCGGCCGGGCACGCGCGCUCGUGCUCAACACCGCCGCGUCCCUCGAGGGCCCGGCGCUGGCCCACAUCUCCCGCCACAUGCGCGACGUCUUCGCCAUUGGCCCGCUCCACGCCAUGCCGUCCUCCGCCGCUCCGGCGGCGGCGGCCGGGAGCCUGUGGCGCGAGGACGACGGGUGCGUGGCGUGGCUGGACGGGCACGCGGACAGGUCCGUGGUGUACGUGAGCCUGGGGAGCCUCACCCACAUCUCGCACGACGAGUUCACGGAGUUCCUCCUCGGGCUCCUCGCCACGGGCCACCCGUUCCUGUGGGUGCUCCGGCCGGACAUGGUCGGCGCCGCCGAGGAGGAGGCGCUCCGGCGCGCCGUCGGGGACGGCACCAAGGUGCGCGUCGUGGGGUGGGCGCCGCAGCGGGACGUGCUCCGGCACCGCGCCGUCGGGUGCUUCCUCACCCACUCCGGGUGGAACUCGACGAUGGAGAGCAUCCUGGAGGGCGUGCCGAUGGUGUGCUGGCCGUUCUUCGCAGACCAGCACAUCAACAGCCGGUUCGUCGAAGCCGUUUGGGGAGCAGGGCUGGACAUGAAGGACGUGUGCGACAGGGACACGGUGAGGAGCAUGGUGACGGAGGCGAUGGAGUCCGGCGAGAUGAGACGGUCGGUGCAGGCGCUGGCGCAGCGGGUGCAGAGGGAUGUUACGACGGGGGGGUCGUCGGAAACGGAGUUCAAGCGGCUCGUCGGUUUCAUCACCGAGCUCAGCACGAUGAACCGGAACCAGGCCAAGAGUAUUCCGGUUAUGAACGGUGUUAUGAUCAGCCACAAGGGUGAAGACACAAGAAGGGAGGCUUGCAUUUGAAGCUGCUCGUGAGAAAUUGUGGAAAGCCUAUUGCAUACGGGCUUCUACCAUAAAUAUAUGUAUUUCCAUUACAACACUUAUAUAUUUCCUCUUUUUCGAA